AUGAGCCAUCUAAACGUUCCACAUGAUGUAGCAGUUGAUCUCUACGGUAAUCUCUAUGUUGCUGAUAUGGGUAAUCAUCGUAUACAAUGUAUAAUUAUGAAAGAUGGCGUCCGAAUAGCAACUCAAACAAUAGCUGGUGUAUCAGGGAAUACAGGGAGUAGUGAUGGAUAUUUGAGUCGCCCAUGUGCCAUAGCUUUCGAUUUUAAAUGGAAUUUAUUUGUUACAGAUCAUAAUAAUCAUCGCGUACAAAAGUUUUUGUGUGAAGGAGGCGAUUUGUAUUGUUAA